AUGUCAACAACAUUUUCUUUUGUUGGAAAACAAAUAAUCAUCUAUUGUGGAACACCCAUCUUUAUUGGUGGUGUAUGUGGAGGACUUCUUAACGCUCUUGUAUUACUUAGUCUUCGAACAUUUCGAGAAAGUUCAUGUGCAUUUUAUUUAAUUAUAAUGUCUAUUUUUAACAUUGGUCAAUUGUUUACUGGUCUUUUUUCACGGAUUAUGAUCGCACUAUAUGAUAUUGAUGGAACAGAAACAUCAUUAUUCUAUUGCAAAUUUCGAUUCUAUUUAUUUCAUGUAUGUACUGCAACUUCAUUGACAUGUCUCUGUUUAGCUACAUUCGAUCAAUACUGUGCUACGUGUUCUCGUCCACGUUGGCAACAAUUAUGUAAUAUUAAAUUGGCUCAACGUCUAGUAAUCAUAAGUAUUAUCAUAUGGGCUUUGCAUGGAAUUCCAUUUUUAGUGUAUUUUAAUCAUAUUCAAUCGUCUGUUACAAACAGAGUCACAUGUACUAGUACAAAUAUUAUUUUUACUCAAUAUCGUGCUUUUAUUAUCCUUCUUGGCCUUAUUGGAUAUCUACCCGUUACUAUUGCAACUUUAUUUGGAUUGAUGGCUUAUUAUAAUGUACAACAAACCACACAUCGUGCGAUGCCUCUUGUUCGACGUGAACUAGAUAAACAGUUAACUAUAAUGGUUCUGGUACAAGUUGUCGUAAAUAUCUUUACUUUGAUACCAUAUACUACUGUCAAUGCUAUAGCAACCAAUGCAAACAGUAUACAUGAUCCAGUUCUACAAGCCAAUCUUCUGCUCGUCAUACCUAUAACUCUCGUCAUUUACUAUAUAUAUUUUGCAGUAAGUAUUAAAUACUGA